GGCCAACUUCGCGCCACCAAAUCUUAAACUUUUCCAUCUUCAAUCCAAAUGCUUCACUUUCCACUUCAUCAGAACAACAUUUUCUAUUGAAUUCUUCAGUCGCGUGGGCUUCGCUAUAUGCACCCCGCUUUUCGCACUUGUUUCCGAUGAUAUCCAAAUCGUGAUCCCCAUUUCCUUCGAUUGGCAUGAAGUAGCCAAACUGGCUGUUUCACGUUUGCGAACGUCCACAACAAUACUAACAAGUCUUUUAAAUACUCCAGCCUUCCUCAGGCCGCCCGAUCACGUGUUGUACGAUGGAUACCUUUCUUUUCGACGAGCUGGGCCUCGGCCAGAGCCCUGCAGAUCCUGACAAUUCCGGAGUCGCUAUUAAGGAAGAGGAAUCCGAUUUUGAUCAGGAUAACGGACAGGCUCUUCAAGAUGUCGAUUGGGCCUUUCAGGAGGAGGAAGACGAUAAACUCAUUCAGGGUUUAACCGGCGGCCAUGGUGAGUCCGGGGCUGGCACUGGAAUGGGAGUACCUAAGGAAUUUGCCACCUUCCUUAACAAAGAGAUUGAUCAAACCGGCAAAGCAGACGAUGCCAUCGACUUUGAGGAUAUUAGUGAUAGCGACCUCUCAGACCUUGGCUCCGAUGCCGGUGUGGACGCGGGUAUCUCCCAGGUUCCGGGCCUCACAGAGGAUGAGGGCACCAGCCAUAAUACCGACAAUAUGGAGAGCUUGGAGGAUCUAUUCGGUUCCGAUGAACACGACAUUCUCCCAUCUUCGCCCAUUGCUGUCGAAACUUCGGCAAGCCGACUGUCCGCGGGCUUAACUAUGCCUACUGGCCUUAUUGUGUCUGGUGGCCUGACUAUGCCUAGCACCUCAACUGUGUCAGUUCCAUUACCUGCACCCAAGGUCGAGCCCAAGGUAUUGGAAGAUGGCGAAGUCUCGGAUGAUGUUUGGAAUAACAUGUCCUUUGAGGAGAGACAGCAGCUUAACUUUCCAACAUACACCCCAUCCAUCGACAAAUGGAUAAACCAGGUGAGCAAGGAAGAUUUAUCGGGCCAGAAGGCUCCGGAGAAUAAGGAUGAGCUCUUAGCGCAGAAGUUUCCUCACUUCAAGAAGUACAAGACACUUUACCUCAACAAGCUUUUCCCCGCGUGGCCUGCCGAGUACAUGUACAAGCAGCCUCCCCACAAGGACAGAGAUCCGCCUGAGUUUAUACCCACCAAGCUUGACCUGGAACUCGAGGCCGACUCUGCCAAACUGUUCAAGCUUCCUGUCACCACAUCAGCGGGAAGUACUAACGGCGAUGAUGACUGGGGUCUGGAAGCUACAGAAGAUGACUCGGAUAAUUCGGAAUCGGGCGAAUCGCUCGUUGGGGGUUACACCAUGGACGAGUUCACCGCGAUCUGUGUAGAAUGGGAUCCUUCCGCACUUUCUAGCACCUUGACCACACCCGCUAAAGUUCACGACGAAGAGAUGGAUGAUUGGGACAAAGAAUUUAAGGAGUUGGAACAGGCACAGGAACUCGUCAAGUUCAAGCCCAGCCUCCCAGAGAUUCCGAUGUUUGAUACCUUCCCUUCGGAUGAUUACCUGAGAGCGACACGUUUUUAUGGUAAACGCGUCAGACUCGAUGAAUCUGAUCCCUAUCUCUUACUCGCUGUCGACGAUGACUCACGGCGGCCACCCAAGCGUCUUAGGCAUGAGGAGAAGACCGUGCGGAUGGCAAACGGCCAGCAGAGAAGGGAUGUCUUGCAUCACUUUAACAUGUCCAACGAUAGCGAAUACGAUGCUCUUAAGGUAAACCAUAAGAGCAAAGUCCGAGCUACUCUUUCCAAUCUCGCUGUCGAGCACAGUCUCCCCGCCCUCAAGCUCACGUUCCCCUUCUACCGAACGAAGGUUCAGGGGAAGCCUUGGGAGCACCACCGAAAGAGAUUUGACCUCGAGAAGAUUGUCAAGCAUGCUAUCGGAGUGCGUAAGCCUGCUAGAAUCAGGCGUAAGGAGACCAAGGGUCGAAGUAACCAGGAAAUAUUUAAGACGACUCGAGACCUCAGUUUGAAUGAUAACUCCACGGCUGUUCUCUUCGAGUACUGCGAAGAAUUUCCUAUUAUGAUGUCGAACUUUGGAAUGGGUAGUCGCGUUAUCAACUACUACCGCCGCAAAGAUCGUAACGAUGAGGAUAAGAUGCCAAAGCUCGAUCUUGGUGAAGGCCAUGCGCUACUACCUGAGGAUAGAUCUCCCUUCGCUAUCUUUGGAACCGUAGAUCCUGGAGAGAUGGUUCCGACCUUGCACAACGAGAUGUACCGUGCUCCUAUCUUCAAACAUGAGCCAAGACCGACCGAUUUUCUCCUCGGAAUCACCACGAGUUCCCUUGAGGGCCCGAAGUUCUUCCUUCGCAAGAUCGACCACGUGUACACGGUAGGCCAGACUUUCCCUUCGUUGGAAGUUCCUGGCCCUCAUGCUAGAAGGGUCACGAAUACGUCGAAGAAUCGUCUUAAGAUGAUUGCCUAUCGUAUGAUGAAGAAGAAGGAGACGCAAGACGUUGGUCUUGCGGAGAUCACACCCCACGUCUUUGAGAAACAGGACCCCCAAAAUCGACAGAAGAUGAAGGAAUUCCUCACGUAUCACAGGGAGAAGAAGACGUGGGUGUUGCCAAAAGAUCAGACAUUGAUGGACGAGUCUGCCAUACGAUCCAUGAUCAAGCCGGAGGACGCCUGCCUCAUCGAAGCCAUGCAGAUAGGACAGCAGCUGUUGGUGAACGCUGGUUACGACCCCAAGGAUAAACUCGACGACGACGAUGGUGUCGAAGAGCCGUUGGUCGCUAGGAUGGCCCCUUGGGAGCUAACCAAAAACUUCAUCGACGCCAGUGCAGGCAAGGCCAUGGUAGCCCUUCAUGGUGAGGGUGAUCCUACUGGCCAGGGCUUAGGAUUUAGUUUCAUCAAAACAUCUAUGAAGGGCGGUUAUAUCAAUGCUGUCCAAGGUCCUAUGGCCACUUCUACGGAUGCGAUUGAACGCGAACGUAAGGCGAACGGCGGUCAUUCGUACAACGUUAAGAAGCAGCAGGACAUGUACAACAAAGGCAUUGAAGAUAUCUGGAAGCGACAGAAAAUUACGCUUAGCGACCCGACUACUCACGAAGACACAGAUGUUCUUGACACGACUAAUGAAGAUGAUCGCUUUGACUCGAGACAACCUGAUGCUACUCCUGCACCCAUGGACGACGGCCGAAGCCAGUUUAGUCGUCUUAGCACGGCGAGUCGUUCUGGCAAGAAGAAGAAGCUCAAGAUCACUCGUAAGAAGUUAAACGAGGCGGGCGAGAUCAUUACGGAGACAGUGAUUCUCAACGACCCAGUGGUGAUUCGCAAUUACCUCAAGCAACGUAGAGAAAUCGAAGAUAAGAACAGAGAUGUCUAUAGCUUGCAGCCAACGGGCGAUGCCGACGAGAAUCGCGAGAGACAGAAGCUCGUUGAAAAGGAGCUUUCUCGACUACUCAAGAAUCAGGAUCGCCGCCAAAUCCGUGAGAAGCAGGGCAAAGGCAAGCGAAAGAAGGGCAGCGCCAACGCUGAUGCCAACGCUGGUGCAUCUCCUCCAGCUGGCGCUGACAAGUCCACCGCGGGCACAACCCGCAAGUGUGCGAACUGCGGACAGGUGGGACACAUCAAGACAAACAAGAGUAAAUGCCCUCUCUUGAAUGGCACGAUCACUACGGCCAACGGUGGCGCUGAUCACGGAGGCUUUGGUUCUUUCGGUGCGACGUCUGUCGGUCCAUCCGCCGGAACACCGUCUGCCAACGAAUAACCUGGGCAAGGGGGUUUUGGUUGAGCUUCGGACAUUUGGCGCAGGUGGCUAAGGUACCUAGUACCUAGUAGGCAUGAGCUACUUUCGUCACCAUCUUGCAUACUGCGCCAUUUCCGCAUGAGGGCUCAGGCACCAGGCAUGUUUCUUUUUGUCCAUGAUGUAUUUUUUUUUCUCCGGGGUAUUUGCCCGGUCCCCCUUACAACGGCAUGCAGAGAGCAGUUAAGGAAGGGGCCAAAUUUGGCAGCAUUAGCAUGGCGUUCAGGUUGGGGAACAACCCCUUGUACCUACUUCGUCGUCCAUAAGGAGAAAAAUACAUGUUGCUUUCGAUGAU